GUUUUCUUGCUUUACAACAUUGAAAUAUAUAGGAAAGUCAAUAACAUGCAAUGAAACUUCUCAGCCACCAGGGGCGGCCUGGCCCCCCUGGCCCCCUUAAACUCCGUUUAUGCUGUACAUUUCUGUGCUGCUGAAUUUUCUUGGGAAUAUUAAUCUCAUAAAUAAUAAAAAGACCAUUAUAUAAUAAGAGUAGCGUUUCAGUAACAGCAGCUUAUCGUUACCCCUAUGUGGCAAAGCCAUUUUGGGAAAACCACUCAGUAAAAAUCAUCAUGAUAAAACGAUAAGUGUACUUUUUGUGCAUCCAGACGGGAAGUGGUUAAAUUUCCACAUUGGGAAACAUCUCCAUGAAGCGGGAGGAGGGGAGAGAGGGGUGUGUGUCUGUUCAUGGCAAUAGUCAGAGCCAUUCCUGCUUUUCCUCCUGAAUAGCAGAGCAGUGAUCCCGGUUUACCGCGUUGCUUCUCCUCAUGCUGCUCCCAUAUUUAUUAAACUUCGGGAUGUAGAAAAGAAAAGGGAAAAGUGGGAUGGAAAAGUUACGGUGAUUGUAUCCGAUUUUCUUUUGCUUGUGGAAACGCGGACGGGACGGCGGUAAAGUUGCCUUAACUCCGGUGACCCAACAUCGGACUGGAAUAAUGUGAUUCGCGAGGGAGGAAAUCAUCUCGGUGUCAUUUUUAAACACGUUUCUAUCCGAAUGGUAUGAAUGAAGUGUUCAAGACGUAUGCGGCAGCGAUAUCGGGAUGCUUCUUCACACUGGACACUUUUUUGCUUUAAUUCAUCACCUAUCUCGGAAAGAGCACAUGCGUUGACGUCCAUACAGUCCCAUUUGGAAUUAAUUUGGAUUAUUUCUGCCAAGAGAGAGAGGCGUUGAAUGAUGUCUCCGAUUUCUACUGGAUUUGUAUUGCUAUUAGGAAUUGUCCAUGUGUGCUCAGGAUCCCGUCUGCGCCAAGAGGACACGCCGCCCCGGAUUGUUGAGCAUCCGUCCGAUCUGAUCGUCUCCAAAGGCGAGCCAGCCACCCUCAACUGUAAGGCAGAGGGCCGGCCCUCGCCCACCGUGGAGUGGUACAAGGAUGGCGAGCGGGUGGAAACUGACCGGGAUGACCCACGCUCGCACCGCAUGUUGCUGCCUAGCGGCUCACUCUUCUUCCUGCGCAUCGUGCACGGGCGGCGGAGCAAGCCGGACGAAGGCUCCUAUGUCUGCGUUGCCCGUAACUACCUUGGAGAGGCAGUGAGCCACAACGCCUCGCUGGAAGUAGCCAUUCUGCGUGAUGACUUCAGACAGAAUCCAGCCGACGUGAUCGUAGCAGCCGGAGAGCCAGCCGUCCUGGAGUGUCAACCGCCCCGUGGACAUCCAGAACCCACCAUAUCCUGGAAAAAAGACGGCCUAAACAUUGAUGACCGAGAUGAAAGAAUCACAAUACGCAGCGGGAAACUGAUGAUCACCAACGCGAGGAAGAGCGACGCUGGGAAGUAUGUCUGCGUAGGGACUAACAUGGUCGGUGAACGGGAGAGCGAAAUAGCCGAACUCACAGUGUUAGAGCGACCCAGCUUUGUCCGUCGUCCCGGCAGCCAAGUUGUGCUUGUAGACCAGAGUGUGGAGUUCCGUUGCGAAGCACGCGGUGACCCGGUUCCGACGGUCCGAUGGCGAAAAGAUGACGGUGACCUGCCCAAAGCAAGGUACGAGAUCCGGGAGGACCACACCCUGAAGAUUCGCCGUCUGACCUCAGCAGACGUCGGUUCGUACACAUGUGUAGCGGAGAACAUGGUGGGCAAGGCAGAGGCAUCGGCCAGCCUCACAGUCCACGUUGUGUCUGUGCCACCAGCGUUUGUGGUGAGACCAAGGAACCAAGUGAUUGGUGUCGGCCGGACUGUCACCUUCCAGUGUGAGGCCACGGGGAACCCUCAACCGGCAAUUUUUUGGCAACGGGAAGGAAGUCAGAACCUGCUGUUUUCCUACCAACCGCCCCAACCGUCCAGCCGCUUCUCUGUAUCGCAGACGGGGGAUCUGACCAUAACCGGCGCCGAGCGCUCUGACGUGGGUUACUACAGCUGCCAGGCUCUAAACAUCGCCGGCAGUGUCAUCACCAAGGCACUGCUAGAGGUCACUGACGUGGUGUCAGACCGUCCGCCCCCGGUCAUCCGGCAGGGUCCGACCAAUCAAACGGUGGCGGUGGACGGCACCGUGGUCCUCAGCUGCGUUGCAUCGGGUAAUCCCACCAUUUUGUGGAGAAAGGACGGCAUGCUGGUGUCCACCCAUGACUCGCGGGUCAAGCAGCUGGACACGGGCGCUCUGCAGAUACGUUACGCUAAGCUGAGUGACUCCGGAUACUACACCUGCAUCGCAUCCACGCCCGGGGGCGAGGCCUCAUGGAAAGCUCAUCUCCAAGUUCAGGAGUUUGGAAUCCCAGUGCAGCCAAAUAGACCUACCGACCCCAAUUUGAUCCCAAGCGCCCCCUCAAAACCGGAAGUCACAGAUGUCACACGCACCUCAGUCACGCUCUCCUGGAAGCCAAACCCAAACGCUGGGGCCACACCCACCUCCUAUGUCAUUGAAGCCUUCAGUCAUGCGUCGGGCAGCAGUUGGCAGACGCUGGCGGAUCAUGUGAAAAUGGAGUCGUAUGUACUGAAGGGCUUGAAGCCCAGCGCCGUCUACCUCUUCCUCGUGAGGGCAGCCAACGCUUAUGGACUAAGCGACCCCAGUCCAAUCACUGAUGCUGUGAAAACACAAGAUAUCCCCCCAACUAGCCAAGGCGUGGACCACCGUCAGAUCCAGAGGGAGCUUGGCGAGGUGGUCAUCCACUUGCACAACCCUACCAUCUUGUCAUCAUCCUCUGUCAGGGUGCAGUGGACGGUAGAGCAGCAGUCCCAGUACAUCCAGGGUUACAAGGUGAUGUACAGGCCUUCUCCGGAGGGACAACCGCGGAGUGACUGGGCUAUAUUCGAGGUGCGCACGCCAGGCGAGGACAGCGCCGUCGUACCUCAACUCCGCAAGGGCGUCACGUACGAGUUCAAAGUGCGGCCAUUUUUCAACGAAUUCCAAGGCACCGACAGCGACGUGAAAAUCGGCCGGACCCUGGAGGAAGUGCCUAGCGCGCCGCCCCGUGAGGUUACAGUGACUGAAAGCGGCGACAACGGGACUGCCAUCGUGGUCUCCUGGCAACCCCCACCAGAGGAGGAGCGGAACGGGGUGGUCCAGGAGUACAAGAUUUGGUGCUUAGGAAACGAGAGCCGGUACCACAUCAACCGCACUGUGGACGCCACCACCUUCUCCGUGCUCAUUCCCAGUCUGGCUCCGGGGGUCCGCUAUGGCGUGGAAGUGGCGGCAAGCACCGGGGCAGGCCCCGGGGUCAAGAGUGACGUCACCUACUUCCAACUCGAUGCAUCAGGGAGGAUGACGGCGGCAGCGGAGGGCCCACAGAAUCCUCUAUCGCAGCAGAUAUCUGAUGUGGUGAAACAGCCGGCAUUUAUCGCCGGUAUCGGUACCGCAUGCUGGAUCAUCCUGUUGGUCUUCAGCAUUUGGCUGUACCGGCACAGGAAGAAAAGGAACGGACUCUCCAGCAGCUACGCUGGAAUACGCAAGGUGCCAUCUUUCACCUUCACACCAACUGUGGCGUACCAAAGAGGCGGAGAAGGAGUGAGCAGUGCUGGAAGGCCAGGCCUCCUCAACAUGGGCGAGUCUGCCACGCAGCCCUGGCUGGCUGACACUUGGCCCAACUCGUGCUCCAACCACAACAACUGCAGCAUCAACUGCUGCGCCGCCGGUAACGGCAAUAGCGACAGCAACCUGGCGACGUACAGCCGACCUGCCGACUGCAUCGCCAAUUACAACAGCCAGAUGGACAAUAAGCAAAGCGGCCUCCUGGUGCCCGAACCAGGGAUGUACGGCGAUGUGGACCUGUCCAAUAAGAUCAACGAGAUGAAGACCUUCAACAGCCCAAACCUAAAGGACGGCCGCUUCGUGGGUACCGGCGGCCAGCCCACACCAUACGCCACCACGCAGCUCAUCCAGUCGUCCAUCAUGAGCAAUAACGAGAGAGGGACUGCGGGUGGAGGAGGAGUUGUUGGAGGGGAGCUGAAUGACAAACACUGUUGGAAGCCCGCUGGCGGCAUCUUGCAGCCCAAACAGGAAAUGCAGUACAGCAUCAUGGAGCAAAACAAGCUCAACAAGGAUCGCUACAGAGGGGGUGACACCUCCAUGAUGCCCGCCACCAUACCCUACAAUCACAGCCACGACACCCACACUGGAGGUUCCUACAACAGCUCAGACCGAGGUAGCAGCAGCACCUCUGGCAGCCAGGGUCAAAAGAAGGGAACACGCACCCCCAAACUGACAAAACAGAGCACAAUGAAUUGGGCCGACCUUCUGCCUCCCCCGCCUGCUAACCCGCCUCCGACGCGGAGCGCCGAGGACUACUCACUGUCAAUGGAAGAAAGCUGCGACCCAGACAUGCAGUGCUCCAUGCCGCCCUCUCACAUGUACCUUCAGCCCGGCGAGCUAGAGGACAUGGAGGAGGAAGAGAUGGAGAGGGGGCCCACUCCUCCUGUCCGCGGCACGGCGUCCUCCCCCGCCGCCGUGUCGUACAGCCACCAGUCCACUGCAACACUAACGCCUUCGCCGCAGGAAGAGAUGACGCCCAUGCUACAGGAGGCGCCCGACAGCCACGAGCGCAGGCGCCAUGCUGUGAGCCCCCCACCCCCUCCCAUGCCCCUUUCGCCAUCACAUACAUAUAGUUACAUCAAUAAUCCCCUGGAUACCGACGGCAUGGAGGACGAUGAAGAGGCAAUUCCAGAGGAAGACGAGGAGGAAGAGGACACUGACGCCGAGGUUGCAAAGAUGCACUACCACCACACCCACCCCCACCACCCGCAGAUGCACCAACGGCGGUUGCUGCUACGGGGCAUCGAACAGACGCCGGCGUCCAGCAUGGGCGACCUGGAGAGCUCGGUGACGGGUUCCAUGAUCAAUGGUUGGGGUUCCGCCUCUGAGGAAGAUAAUGUCUCCUCGGGGAGGUCCAGUGCCGUCAGCUCGUCAGACGGAUCCUUCUUUACGGACACCGACUUUGCGCAAGCUGUUGUGGCCGCCGCGGAAUACUCGGGCAUGCGGGUGGCCAGACAUCCGGGCAUGCAAGGCCAGGAAAGUGUACCACUAUCAGCACGGAAAUACCAAAUCCACCCAGUGGGCCAUCGUCCAAGCAGCCCAGUGUCCACAGACAGCAGCAUGAGUAUGGCGGCGGUGCAGAGGAGGCCUCCGAAGAAGCAGAAGCACCACACACCAGUGGGGAACCAGAGACGUGAAGCCUACAAUGAAGAUCUUCCACCGCCACCCAUCCCUCCCCCGGCGGUGCUAAAGUCCCCCACGCAUCCCUCCAAAGUGAGCCUGGAGGGCCGAGGAGUGGUCUCGCCCAAAUCGGGAGAUGGUAGAGACAAGAGAGGGGCAGCUGGAGCGGGGGGAUAUCGACCCAAAGAUGGCUCGGACCCUAGAACCAGCUCAUCGGAACGCAGGGAGGCCCAGGAGAGACAAAAAGUACAUGGGAGCAAAGGCGGCCAGAGGGGGCGCCAACAAGGAGGUACAGAGGACAUUCUGCCGUACAGCCGACCGCAGUUUCCUGUGGUCAACAGCCCGCGAGACCCGAGCUCCUCCAGCUCCAUGUCGUCUAGGGGCUCAGGCGGCCGGCGGAGAGGCGAAGCUGGCCAAAGGAACCUGGCUGACAUGAGCCUCAGCACCACAGGGACUUUGCAGGCAGGAAAUGAAGAGCUUGAGAUGGUGGAAAGCUGAAGAUGAUAAGAAUGAUUACGUUUGUUUGUUUUGCUUUUUUGCUGAGUACCCUUGUUUCCUCUUAAAAAUAUCUCAGUAUUUCGCCGCCAUGUCAACUGCCGCUCAUAUUGUACAUCGCCAGCAUUUCUUUACAUCUGGAAACCUCACCACUGUCUUCUUUUGUCUUCUAACUGAUCACUUUUAAACCGAUGAAGAGAUAAGGACACGCAAGAAGGGUGCGCUGAAGUGCGCCGCUAGGGUAUUUAUGUUUAUUUCCAAUGCAAUAUGGAGUGAAGUCUUGAAAAAGAAAAAGGCUCAAGAGCUUUUUUUCGUCGAGUCGGCACACAUGCGUUACUGUAAGAUGCAAGCAGAGAGGGCUGGAUUUUAUGUGUGUAAAUAUGCGUACAGUAUGUAAUACAUGUCGUCCCAUUGUGGUACCUCAAUUUGCGUAACCUGUUUGUUUUGGGGUAUUUAAAAAAAAAGAAUACAAAACCUAAUUUUAUUAUGCCAGUAAAUAUAAAUAUUUUUAUCAUUUCCAUCCAUGUUUGUAAAUUGCAAUAUUAUUUAGCAACCCCAAGAGUGCCACUUUGGGAUUUUUUUGUUUGUUUGUUUGUUUUUGUUUUUUUUGUAAUGCACUGUUAUGUUACGUGUUGUCGUCAAUGUUUUUUGCUUUCUUUUAUUCUUGUUUUACAUUGGUUUUAAAAGCACAAUCACUAAACUUUAUUUUAAACCAUUUUAUCUAUUAACCUUUUUGUCUUACCGGCGGGAAAACACAGGUAACGACAAAAGAGUCUUGUUAAUCCUGUUGAUGACGAUAAUGAUGUUCAUGUGGUUAGCCGUUUUACGAAUGCUUGUCUCCCUCUCCAGUUCUCAAGUGACAGGGAAAACUACCAUAAAAAAGGACAGUUCAUGUGAGUCACAGCUGCAAUGUAAAUAUUUGUUUGCCAUUGACCAUGAUAUCAUCAAUGAUACUGAGAGAGAGAAAAAAGGCUUCCGCUAAAUGCACUUAAAAGAAUGUCAAGUCAAAGAAGUCACCUUGAGAAAGAGGGGGGAUCUGGAGAGGAAGAAAAGGAGGUUCUUUGGUGGACAAAACAAAGGUGAUGAAGGCCUCUCUUUUGAAAGGGAGCAAAGGGUGCUGUUGUUUAUUCAUAGGACAUCUGCAAACAUUUGUUUCGUAAUGCGAAAAGGAAAAAAGGAAAAACAAGAAAAAAAUGGAUGAAUAAAGAAAAA